AUGUUUGGAAAGUUCUGAGACCCACCCUGUUGGACUACUUGUAACCAGUGCCUAAGACUACAAAAACGUGAGUGUGAAAGAACCUCUCUUCCUUCCUUCCACUGAAGAAAGUGUCCAUCACAACACUGUGGAAACUCCGUGCAGGCCUUGCAAGACAGGAGAACAGUUUGUGCUUCCCUUGACGCUCGCACGCAAUCUCUGCUUCUUAUGCACUCCAGCACCCCUAUCAGUUCCUUGUUCUCCUUCACCAGCCCAGCAGUGAAAAGGCUGCUGGGCUGGAAACAAGGAGAUGAAGAAGAAAAGUGGGCAGAAAAAGCUGUUGAUUCCUUGGUGAAGAAGUUAAAGAAGAAGAAAGGAGCCAUGGAAGAACUGGAGAGGGCUCUGAGCUGCCCGGGUCAGCCCAGUAAAUGCGUCACGAUCCCACGUUCCUUGGACGGGCGGCUGCAGGUGUCUCACCGCAAGGGGCUUCCCCACGUCAUAUACUGCAGAGUGUGGCGCUGGCCUGACUUACAAUCUCACCAUGAGUUGAAACCACUGGAAUGUUGUGAGUUCCCUUUUGGCUCGAAACAGAAAGAAGUGUGCAUCAACCCCUACCAUUACCGGCGGGUGGAAACCCCAGUCCUACCUCCUGUACUUGUUCCAAGACACAGUGAAUUUAACCCUCACCUCAGCCUCCUUGCCAAGUUUCGAAACACUUCUCUGCACAGCGAGCCACUGAUGCCACACAAUGCCACUUAUCCGGAUUCUUUCCAGCAUCCUCCGUGCACCCCUUUCCCACCAUCCCCCAGCCACAUGUUCUCCCAGUCACCUAACAGCAUCAGCUACCCCAACUCACCAGAAAGCUCUUCUGGACCAGGAAGUCCCUAUCAGCUCACAGUGGAAACUCCACCUCCGCCCUACCACGCAAGAGAACCUCCUGGAAUCCACAAUGGACGGUCAAUGGAUGCAAUAGCUGAGAGUCAGCUUGUGCUGUCUUUGCCCAAUGGAGGUAAAUCUGCCGAUGGAGAAGCUGAAAACUUUCGGCCUGUUUGUUACGAGGAACCCCAACACUGGUGCUCAGUUGCCUACUAUGAACUCAACAACCGGGUAGGGGAGACUUUCCAGGCCUCCUCUCGAAGUAUCCUUAUAGAUGGAUUUACAGAUCCUUCCAAUAACAAAAACAGGUUCUGCCUGGGUCUGCUCUCAAAUGUAAACCGCAAUUCUACUAUAGAAAACACCAGGAGACACAUAGGAAAAGGUGUUCAUCUUUACUACGUCGGUGGGGAGGUUUAUGCUGAAUGUGUCAGUGACAGCAGUAUUUUUGUGCAAAGCCGCAACUGUAACUACCAGCACGGUUUCCAUCCAGCCACGGUCUGCAAGAUCCCCAGUGGCUGCAGCCUCAAGAUCUUCAACAACCAGCUCUUUGCCCAGCUUCUUGCCCAGUCAGUCAAUCAUGGUUUUGAAGUGGUGUAUGAGCUGACCAAGAUGUGUACGAUUCGAAUGAGCUUUGUUAAAGGCUGGGGAGCAGAGUAUCAUCGCCAAGAUGUUACAAGCACACCCUGCUGGAUUGAGAUCCACCUGCAUGGACCAUUGCAAUGGCUGGAUAAGGUGCUGACACAGAUGGGCUCACCUCACAACCCCAUCUCCUCAGUCUCUUAAGAAUCAUCUCUAGAAUUCCCUUAGGAUGGAUGCUAUUGCAGGCAGUGGCUUAUAGAAUUCCGAUGAACAGAAGCUUCUAUAUGUAGAUGUAUGUAGAUGUAAAUAUAUCUAUACAUAGUCUACUCUCUUUUUUUAAUUUUUUUUUUUCAUUUUGUGGUUUCUAGUUACUCUGAUGCCAGUACAAUGAAUUUAGAAAUUCAGGUAUAGCAUAUCUGUUCUCUAGUACAAAAUAAGCCAAAUUCCUGCAAAAGUGUCAAACAUUUCCUGUGAGCAUCUUCAUUCCCCAGCCAAGCCAGUAAACGGUGCAAAUUCCCAGCACUUUCACGUGGGUUCAGAAACCUGUCUCUCGCUGCUCCUACUAGGUGAAAUUCACCCCUCUGCAGGCAACCAAAAUCAGAUCUCUGUGCCAUUUAUAUUCAUCUUACAUCUUGAUUUCAAGUCCAGAAGAGGACCUGAGGUGGUGCACAGGACUUUUACAUAGAGGUGACUUUUAUCUAGUGAACUGAAGGACUAACUGCCAUUCCAGUCUGUCUCCCUACUGCAAAGCACGAUGCGCCUACAAAUCCUCUGAAGAGCUGAUGCACACUGUCUCUCCUGGGAUUUGGCAGGAGAAGGGAGCAUGUUCAACACAGGAACCUUAUCUCAGAGCAUUCUGGACAAUCUGAGUAGUCUGAUACUGCUAACAUAGUAGGGUAUGGUACUGCUGCACUGAAAAGCAACAAGCUCCUAAGAAAAAGAAUAAUAAUUUAAAUUUAUGGCCAUGAGUUAAAAAAAACUAAUUAACUUCCAGUGCUUUUUUUGCAAGGUACAUACAUACUUGCAUAUGUGUCCAGCAUGUAAAGUAAAUCCUGUCCAUUCUACAGUAUUGAUGUAGUUUGUUUUAAAGUUAGGACUGUCUGUAUUUAGACUGCUGUGCUGAUAUCAAGGUACACCAAAAAGGGAUUUGAACUGUGAUUCAGAAAAGGGACAUUAAUUGUGCAUGGAAGAAGCAAAUAAUUACUUUAUCAUUCAUCUUGGGAACAGAAAGCCCCACACUCAAAGGAUGCAAUGAGAAGGAGAUGGGAGUCAGCCAUGUCCAUCCCCUGUAUUGGGCCAGUCCUCAGGAUCUGACAGCAUUGCUCGGGUCAGACUGAGAGGGCUUCCCUGCCAGUCACUCCAUACAUCCCUGUGGAUGGUUUCUCGUCUUAGGUACAGGCUUCUUCAGUUGCUGAGCUUUUGCCUUGCCUGCAGAGGAUGGUGAGGCAUUGUGAAGCCAUGAACAAGUAAAGAGUGAAUCUAUGUGCAGAACCUUGUCUGUGUUUCUUCUGUAAGCAGGGAAACCUAUUGGCCAUACCCUAAUCCCAUCCUUGCAAAAUGCUGUUCACUUGGAAAACUUUCCUGAGAAGACAGGUGAAAUUCUUAGUAUUUUUUGAUGGCCUUUCCUUUUGCUGAAAGAGUUGAGAUUAUUUCUUUCCGGGCAUAACAGUCAGCUGAAAAUCAUUUUUAUUUAAGAGUCAAAAAGACUGAAAACAUCUGCAACAUCAUUCCUCCAUAGAACAGGUAGAAAUAUUAGUGGAAAAAAAAUGUUUUUCAGAAUAUUUCUUUUCUUCUCACACAAUAUCUGGUGCUAGACAUUUGCUGCAUAAUUAGAAGAGUACUCCUGAAAUCUUCAGCUGUACCACAAAUGCAAAAGGAAAUAACAUUCACCGGAAAGACAGUGAGUAAACUAACAGUGUUAUUUCAUUUGAAUGCAUCUUCAGCUGCCUGCAGCUUUAGCAGGGCACAGAAGGAUAAAUUGUUGUUAAGUUUGAGCAGUAAUAGCAAGUUGUAUAGGAAAUUUGUAAGUGCAGAGAACCCUAUUCUGUCACCAUUUGACAUCAGCAAGGUCACUGUGAGAUAGGAAAAACUUUACAGUCUCUUGCAGCAAUGAAAUCCAAUAACAAUAAUAAUCAUAUACAGAAAUUCCAGGUGUGUCAUUUACUAUUUAGCAGUCUUUAGAGACAUCAGUUUGGAAAAAUGCAUUUUCCUCAGUUCUCUCUAAGUGAUCAGAUACUGGUAAUGUUUUUUAGCAUGUUCAUUGCCCCUCUUCUCCAGUUGCACCUUUGCUCCAGGAUGAGAACCUUUUGAUUUUGCUCAUUCUUUUUUUUUUUUUUUUUUUUUUUUUUUAGCAGCUAAGAAUAGAGGACAUCACCUUUACUGUCCAGAAUCUAGCUCUGUCCCUUGUCCUAGAUUCUUCCUUGUCUUUUAGGCUGAAACCUCCUUCCCUUAUAAUAUAGAGAGAAGCCUAGGAGUUCCUUUUAGGCAUUCCCAGCAUUGUCACCUUCCUCACAGAGAGCAAAGGGAAAUGUUCUGAGGUGCAUCUGUUCUUGGGCAGCUCCAGAACUCAGUUUUCUGUCAAUGCUGCAGAGAAAAAUUGGAUGGCCAGUGAAGAGAAGCAGCUUCUUCUGGGGCAUUAUUUGUUUCAUCACAAGGUAUUUCAAGCAGGUGAAAUACACUCCUACCUGAGCGUGCUUGUGUCUUCCCACUGAGUAUAAGGGGUCAUUAGCUCAAAUGCAGACUGCUUACACUGGAUGUAUUAAAAAACAGAGGAGAGGAACUCUAAUGAAGGUGUGGUGAUUUUCCCAGCCUAGUAACAAUGCUUGCUCAGCCAGUGUUUGUUUGGUUUAAAUGGAAGUUGGUCAAUUUGGAGCAGUUUUCCCUUUCCUUUAUGUUUACCUUUAAUCAUUUUACAAAUAGGAUUUGGCUUCCAUGUAGUCCAUACAUGCAUCUCAUUUAAGGUAGUUGCUUUAAUACUGCCUCACUAAUAAGAAAAGAGGCAUUUCUGGAGCAUGAUUCUUAUGACCCAUUUAAAACACCUGUAUUAGGAUGAGAUGAAUUUCAGCAAAUUUAACUAUUUGCUAAAAACUGGAUCAAAGCACUCGAUUCUGGGCAAUUCUGACAACAGCCAUCUGGUUUUAGCCUUUGUGAAGGCAGAUACCGCUGUGUCCAUUGUUUCCUGUUGUGAUGGUUUCUGGGGGCUUAGCCCACUAUGCUGUGUAAACACACAGAAGCUGACAGCUCCUCCCCAAAGGAAGAGUGGUAACAGUGGAUGAGACAAAAAAGUAAAUAAGAUGACACCUGCCCAGAUAAAAAGUAAGGCUAAUAAACCAUUUAUUUCCCUUUCUUUUUUAACAAGAUUUCUUUUACAGGGUUCUCUAAUAGAUAUGAAUUGCAAUUGGUUAAAAUUCAGGUUUCUUACAAUUUACAGCAAUAUAACUUUGUAUCUCUAAUGUCUUCCCCACUUUGGAAGGAGAUAAUUUCUGCUCAAAGGUCUUAAUGAACCUUUAAACCCGUAGUCAGUUUAAGGUCUUUAUAAAUGUUCUACUCAUUAAUGCUCAGCCUUUGGAGACAGUCUUCCUGAGAGAUUUAAAGCCACUUACAGCAAGACUACUUAGUUGAAGGCAGAUUUUUAAAAUGGGGUUUUUUUGAGUCAUCAACAGUUCAUAGCCUUUUAAAAGUUUCUGUGGAGCACUACUAUGCAUCAUCAGGCAGUGAUGGGAGCCUAAUGAGGCAGAGGCAUAUAGCACAUUCAGCAUGGUAUGUAGACGACUUGUUUUCCUAUUACAUAGUCAAGAGAAGAUGAUUUUAGUUGCUGCCAGCUCUUCAGCAUCACCAGUAUUAAUGUGCUGUUUGCAUCCAGAGGUGACGGGAGCAAAUCUCGCACCCUGAGUGCCUGGAGCCAUUCCAUGGCACUACUGCUUGGGGUGGCUCAGUCCCAUCCCCUUGCCUAGGAAAAGCUGCCCAGGUACAGCACAGCAGUGGCUGUAGCAUUGCAAGGUGCAGCACGUGCUUGCCCUCCCCAUCAGCUGCUAUUCCACCAACAUGUUCACUCCUCAUCAGAAUGCUUUGCUGAGCUCAGUCUGAAGGGUAAAAUAUCAGAAACAUAAAGGGCUACUGUGGUCCAAAGUAGCAUCAGCUGGAGUUGAGGAAAUCCCUUCCAUGUCUCCAGCAGCUACUCUGUCAUGACUUUCACUGCCCUGAGCAGCCUUGUCCAAGCAGUCCCUGUCUGGAGCCGGGUGUCAGACUUGAUGCCAUGGUGAGAUCCCUUCCAAUAUACAUCAUCCUCUGGGUCUCUGUGGAGAUUCAGUAAUAACUGGUUGCCACAGGAAGGAGCUCUCUGUUAGCAGCACUUUCAGGAUGAAACACGUUUCUCCUUAGCUGUUUCAUAUUAGUGUUCCCUCAGCAUAAAAUAAGUGCUCCAAACAUCUCUCACUGUAAACAUAUUUUCACCACACCCCUCUUAAAAUGCAGAAAACAAGGCAUUUGUGACUGUAACCUUAUUUAAUCUGCUCUUGUUCUUCCUGACUUACUACACCCACCUCUGUCUAUCAGCUCUACAAAUGAAUCUCACCAGUGACUAAGGAGUUGCACGAACAGCUGUAUUUACAGAGGCAGCUCAGGCAGAGACUUUGCUUCUUGACUGCAUGGAAACAAUUAAUAAAAAAGCCUGAUCAAUUUAGGAACUUUAAAGGGGUAUAAAGUAUAAGACUAAUGUUCUUGGAUCAAGACUGCUCUGGUACAACUAUAAAAUAUUUUUGAAUACUUUAGUACUACAUGGUACUCAGCAAAGGAAAGAAACAUUACAUCCUCUCUACUAUUCACCCUAUCUUCCCAUAACCUAGCUUAGUACAAGCAAAAUCAAACACAACAAAAAAAGAUCAAUGAGUCAUAAAGUAGAGUAAUUAAAUACCAUUUUUCAAAGCUGAGAAGUGCUGCCUCAAAUGAAGAUUUAUAUCACAAGAAGGCCUUGUAGUUAUAGGACAAGUGGGUAAUGACUUUACUGAAAGAGGGUAGUUAAGAUAUUAGGCAGAAAUUCUUUAUUGUGUGGGUAGGGAGACACUGGCACAGGACAAGCUGUCCCAGAGAAGUUGUGGAUGCUCCAUCCCCAGAAUUGUUCAAAGCCAGGUUGGAUUGGGCUUUGAGUAACCUGGUCUACAGGAGGGUGUCCCUGCCCAUGGCAGGAGGUUGAGACUUGAUCAUCUUUAAAGGUCACUUCCAAGCCAAACUAUUCGAUGACAAUGAUGUCCCAGAUGCCUGCACAGAAACAAGACUUCCUUGCUCUGGAGAAACCUGGAGAACUGGCUGUUACUUGAACAUCUGAACCAAAGCCCUUCUGAGUGACUGGAGACCUCACUGAAGGGGCUGAGAAAAUUUUUAUAAAGGAUUUGCAGUUCAUGGGUGUUCCAGUAGCCAGAAUUGCACUGAGAUGGUGAAGAGACUGAGGAGGAGGAGGGAGAACACAACAAGAUAAGCCCAGUGGUAUAAGGCAGUACAUGCUCAGGCAGCCAUUCAAGGCCUGUUUUAGGAGCAGCUUGAAGUACCACAAUCCUUGCUUGGGUUUUUCCUAUACAUCUGGCCUGGGAGAAUGUGCCAGCUUCCUGAUUAAGCCAUCCGAUGUAGUGGGGCAAAUGGUGUCCCAUGUGUUCCAGAGAGUAAGCUGGAAACCACACUUGGAAGAUUAUCCUCUGCCUCGCCGCAUGACUAAUGAGGAGCCCAGCUUCAGGGCACUGUUCAAGGACACUAUAAACACAUCCAGUAUGUGCUCCUCAAAGAAAGAUGCAGUCUGAACAGAAACUGCACAACUCAAAAAAUGUGAACUAUAUAUAGAGAGAGCAUCUAACCUGGGAAUUGCGACAAACCAGCUCAUUUCAAGGUAAGGUGGGAAAUUGCAGUGCCCAGAGGAAAACAGUCAGCAGGAACCUUCAUGAGGACUCCUGACUAUGAAAUCAGAUUUUUAACAGUACAUAAGGAUGGACAAGUGUGUUUCCCUAAGAGCAACUAAGAGGUCAAGUUACCACUAAAAAAGAGCUAGACAGAGUUAGUCCCGUCUUGCAGUGGGGAGAGAGAUUCUGUGAGACUUGAGACCUGUGAAUUAAAAAGUUCUAAACCUGGAGGCUUCCUUGCAGCCACUGAAACAGGGCUUGUUCCUCAUGGCAGCUCCAGGAGUACCUUUCUGCAAUAUACAGGAAGCCUGAGUGGGCAUUUAGUCUUUGUUCGGUUGAGAGAAAUUGCUUUGUGUCUCUAGGACAGACAGAUGCUUCUGCGUGCUGGGGACCAGCACAGAACACAGCCUUUGGUUUGUACCCAUCAUCUACCCAUAGGAAGCUCCAGAACAGCCAGGAACAGCCAGAAUCCUGUUACGUGUUCACCCCAGAGCUGUCGAGACACCCUGCCCAGGCGUGCCAUAGUGAUGCCACAUUUCUCUGCCAGGGAGGUGAGGCACAUGAGAAUCCUAGCAAGAGGACACCUCCACUUGCACCUGGGCCAUGCUUGCAAACUUGGCACCUGUAUAGAUAACAAAUCUAAUUUGCAGGCCAUGUCUCUCACACAAGGUAGACAUAACCACUAUGUCCUCCAGAAUCAGCUACUCUUCCAUUACAGUCAAUGUGAACAUUUGCAGCUAAUUGUGAACACAUUUUAGAUCUUCAGUCAUAGUGUUUUUAUUAUCCAUGGAUGCUGCUAUUUUAUAUUCCAUGUUAGUAUUCAAUUAAUAUUGCAUAUGAAUAGCAUAGGAUGAAAUAGACCAACCAGUUAAUAAUUUUAAAUACAGACCUCAUCAGCAAAGAAAAGCUAGAGAAAACUUGGUAAAGUCUGACCCCUUGCACUUUCACAGUAGUGAGUGAGCACAUCAUAUUCAAAGUGGUUUAUUUGAUGCUAAAGUGUGUGUUGUCUUAUUAAUUCACAGUUAUGUCCAUGAGAAGCUUUGCAAAUGAGAGCAAGGGAACAAACAAUGAUGAGCAGAGAUAAUUGCACAUUCAGAUACAUUUUUUUCACUUACUCAAGCAACUGGAGUUUUUAAUUAUUUGUAAUACAUUUAAAGUACAAGUCAAAUGUACCACAGCCUGCUUUCUGCAGAUAAGUCAGUGUUAGCAAUUUAAACCUUCAUUUCAUAUCACCUCUGUGAUAUAAAUGAGGUUGAGAAGUGAGACAAGAAAGUGAAGAAACCGGCCUUUUUGUGUGGAUCAAUGAAGUCAUGAAGUUGCAAAGCUGUGUGCAAGGGGCUAAAAUGGUGGAUUUGAGCAAGGAGUUACUAUGGGGUUGUGUUAACUAUGACCUAUCAGUCUGGUGAGAAAAGCACUGUGAGUCACCCAUAGAUUAACAAGAGUCACUCAUGUCUAUGAAUAAUUCUGCCCUCUGUUUUCCAUCAGAAGCAAAGCAAAACAUCUGUACUAUCCACAAGUAUUACUCAUGGUUUGUGACAUUCUGUCAACCAGCAUAGGUCGCUGUAUAAAGAACAAUACUUGGCUCUUGCCUCUGGAGAAUGAAAAAUCACAGACAUAGCUUCAGGAGUGUGAGAGAUCCGGGCAGCUUGGAGUCCUUCAACCAGCCCUAUAGAACUCUAUUCCAUGCCAUGUCGUACCAAGAAAGAUGGAACGACUGCUAACCAAGGGGACACUUUCCCAAGCAUUCCUCCUGCUGCAUUUGAUUUGAGGCAUUCUGAAGACAACACAUUUAGUCUGAACAAUACACUUUUUAAGGCACUCCACUUUCUUUGGCCGGAAUUAUUCUAUUGUAAAAGGGAUUAUUCACGUCUUGUGUUUUACUGUUAAUAAAGAUAUUUCUGUUUUAAGAGCUC